AUGGCCAUUUUUACAGCUCCUCGAUCAUUCCAGAAUCCUCUGGCGCAGGACUCCUUGAGCGCCAGCCUUAUCGCAGGUGUCAGCGUGCAAUCAAAACAUCCAUCCUUCUUUCACUUGGUUCUGCUCGUCUUUGAGGCAGUGCUGGAGGUAGUAUGUGUCUCUCUACCAGGCUAUAUCGUCGCUCGACAGGGGAUGUUCGAUGCGGACGCCCAGAAAUUCGUGGCAAAUCUCAACGUGGUGCUCUUCACUCCUUGUCUUAUCUUCAUUAAGCUAGGCUCCCAAUUGACAGCGGAAAAACUCACCGACCUCGCCAUUAUCCCUGUUAUCUUUAUCGUCCAAACUGCCGUUUCAUACUUCUGCGCGUUUGUGGUCACGCGAUGCUGUGGGUUCAAGAAACGUCAGUCCAAUUUUGUGACAGCGAUGGCGGUAUUCGGAAAUUCUAAUUCUCUCCCUAUCUCCCUCGUCAUAUCCCUCUCCGCAACCCUCCAGGGUCUUCACUGGGACCGCGUACCUGGCGACAACGACGAUGAGGUUGCAGCCCGAGGAAUCUUAUAUCUUCUCAUUUUUCAACAACUAGGUCAACUAGUCCGUUGGAGCUGGGGUUAUCACGUACUUUUGGCACCGAAGGACCGAUACCUGGAAGGAGCAGAACGAGAGGAAACCGGUGAGACGGCAAUUGAACAGGGCCAGGAACGAUACACCGAUAAUCCAAUUCAAACCGAUCCGGAUGAGCCGCUGGUCCGUACACACAGUUCUCAGGAUCUACAAUAUGCCCAUAACGGGCAUGCAAACGGAGGCCGGUUCGAGUCUGGAUCUCAGACUCCGGUAUCAGCCCGCGCCUACUCCUACAGUAAGGUCUCCUCAAUACAUUCGCGUACCUCGAACGGCGACGAGCCUGAUUCCGACGAUACUCCCUCGGUGAUCGGCCCUCCACCUACAGGACCCUUCCUACCCCGCCGCAGCACCGAUGGCGAUAUCCUUCAAUUCCCUGACGUGGAGGCUACUGCCCGGGAAACCCAAGUCACAAAGCAAACAUAUCUGCAACGAUCCAACGCUUCUAUCCGCAAAUAUGGACAGAGAACUCGCCGCUUCUUUGCCCAGAAGAAUGACGCAGUAUACUCCCGGCUCCCCACAAAAGCCCAAAAGUUCCUCUCAUCCACAACAAGCGGAGUCCGUCGCUUCGUCCGUGGACUGUGGUCCUUUAUGAAUCCUCCCCUCUGGGCCAUGCUAGUCUCUAUCAUCAUCGCAUCCUUCCCAGCGCUUCAGCAUCUGUUCUUCGACGAAGGCACUUUCGUCCGCAACUCGGUCACUCGAGCCAUCGAGCAGAACGCCCAAGUGGCCGUCCCACUUAUUCUGGUCGUGCUAGGCGCUAACCUGGCCCGGAAUACACUCCCCGAAGAAGCGCUUGAGGAUAUCGAUCACCCCAGUACGGAGCGGAAAUUGAUCAUCGCCUCUUUAUUGGCGCGUAUGCUCCUUCCAACUCUCAUAAUGGCGCCGUUCCUAGCACUGCUCGCCAAAUUCGUGCCAAUCAGUAUUCUCGAUGACCCUAUUUUCAUUAUCGUUUGUUUCCUCCUCACGGGAGCACCUUCGGCGCUGCAGCUGGCACAGAUUUGUCAGAUCAACAAUGUUUACGUGGGUGCUAUGUCGAAAUUGUUAUUCCAGAGUUAUGUUGUCUGGAUCCUCCCCUCUACACUCUUUUUGGUCAUCUGUGGACUGGAAGUCCUCGAAUGGGCAUCCGCAUAG